ACUAAAUCGUAACCAAUGGAUGGGCUUUGGAAAGCAUGUGUGUUCGUGUUGAUUAUUGAAGCAGGAAUUGUGCUUUCUCUUUCCAAACGUAUUGAAGGUGGCAUAUGCACUAAUGGAUGUUUUACCAGCUGUCAACACAAGAUUAAUGGCUUUUGCUGCAAUACAUGCGCAACCCCAUCCUCGUCCUGGGAGGGCGUGGUUUGUAACCCCGUGGUUGAGUGUGACCCGCCCGACGUUGUCAUGACCUUGGACGGCCGCUGCUGUCCAGUCUGCGUUAAAGCAGGUUCGUGUCAGUUCGGAAGUGACUGGAACAACGUCCACUUGGGCUGCCCCGACCCCAGAACAAUUGGUUACCGUCGGCCUCUUAGCAACUGCUGCUUCCUGUACGCUAACAAUGCACUAGACAAGUAUGGUCUCUGUCCCACGACAUUCCCCGGGAAUGCAAGCAGUCACGAGUGCAAUGACGACUUUGACUGCCAGGGAAUGCGGAAGUGCUGCUUCAACGACGACGUCCGUGUCUGCGUUCUACCUCAAGGUUGCCUAUUUGGUGAGGACUUCUAUCUCCCGGGACUUAUGACGUCAAACGCGCGAUGCACGUGCACCCCAGCCGGCGUUGUUUGCGAUAGACGGUAGUGCAAACCGACUGAGCCAGUGAACAACACCAUGUAGCUCUAAACGUUUCCAGUAUUUCAACACAUUAUGCAAGAUUGUAAUUAAAUACAGAAACUGGU